UUCUCGCAGUGUCGAAUCCCGCCGGUCGUCUCGUCUCGUCUCGACUCGACUCGACUCGUCAGGUCUCGUCAGGUCUCGUCACGUCCCGCGCGCGUCACCGUUCUUCUUUUCGGAGCCGUCGCCGACCUCGCUUCCUCGAUUCACGUCCACCCGAGCGCACGUUCGAACCGUGUCGGAGAGACACACGCGCGCGUAAUCGACCGUCGAUCUGUCCUCUGCCAGCCGUGUGCGCGAUACGGACGUGUUCCGGCCUUUUCGCCUAGCUCGCCCGCAAGUGUGCUCCGCCCCGCAGUCCCCGCGCCCGGCCACGUGACACACCAGUACGAGUCCCGACGAGUACGACGGGAAGUGUGAGUUCCGAAAGGGUUUCGCGAUCGCCGGCCGCAGAGAUACACCCCCGCGUACGAGCGACCGGUCUCCCCCAGAGUGAACCGAUUCCGAUCAUCGUCGAGUAACCGAGCCGGCUCGCUGGCUGCCUGUCCGACCGUACGGAGACUCUGUGUUCAAACGGAUCAGUUUUCGUUCGCGAGUCCGUCCACCAUGGAGGAAGUGAAUCGCAACGUCGCGGCCCCGGAGACGCUGUCCGCUCCGGAGAAGAAGCCGGAGUUCGUCGCGCUGGAUACGACGAAGGAUGAACGGACGCCGAGCCAUCGGACCAUCAAGCUCGUCGGGCUGAACCAGGCGCUGCCUUUGAUGCAGUGUGGCUCCCUGGAGAUCGGCGAGGAACGCCAGCGUCGGGUCGCAAUGAUGGAGUCCCUCUGCCAGGUGAACGGCACGAAGACGAACGACGGCAACGAGACGAGCAGCGUCAACAACCCGAACAACAACCCGGACUGCCCGGACCCACAGCAGAGGCUCGCGGUGCUCAGUUUCGAGCAGGUCCGUCGGCUGAACGACGUGAUGAACGAGGUGGUGUCGAUCCACGGCCGAGGUAACUUCCCCACCCUGGAGGUCCGUCUGAGGGACCUGGUGACGGUGGUGCGUAGCAAAUUGGAGACCGACCCGAGCAACGGUGGCGCCGGCAUGAGGGUACGGGACAUCCGGCUGAACGGCGGCGCCGCGUCCCACGUUCUAGCAACGGAGUCACAGCCGUACAACGAUCUGGACCUGAUCUUCGCGGUGGAGCUGUCGAGCGGCCGGAACUACGACAAGGUGAAGGCCGCGGUGCUCGGCUCGCUGUUCGACCUGCUACCGGAAGGCGUGAGCCGCAAGCGUAUCACCACGUGCAGCCUGAAGGAGGCGUACGUCAGCAAGAUGGUGAAAGUGAACAACGACGGUGACCGGUGGUCCCUGAUCUCCCUCGGGAACUCCCGCGGCCACAGGAACGUCGAGCUGAAGUUCGUCGACUCGAUGAGGCGGCAGUUCGAAUUCUCCGUCGACUCGUUCCAGAUCGUGCUCGACUCCCUCCUGUUGUUCUACGAGUGCAGCAAGCUGCCGAUCGGCGAGAACUUCUACCCGACGGUGGUCGGCGAGUCCGUCUACGGUGACUUUCAGGAGGCGCUCUAUCAUCUCCACAAGAAGCUGAUCUCGACCAGGCAUCCGGAAGAGAUCCGCGGCGGCGGCCUGCUCAAGUACUGCAACCUGCUCGUCAAGAUGUACAAACCGUACCAGCCGGACUACAUAAAGACCCUCGAGCGUUACAUGUGCUCGAGAUUCUUCAUCGACUUCCCGGACAUCAGCCAGCAGCGCGCCAAACUCGAGAACUAUCUGUGGAAUCAUUUCGUCGGGCCCGAGGAGGAGGCCCUCAAGUACCAAUACCUGACGUUGCUCUACAACGUGGUGGAGGAGUCCACGGUGUGCCUGAUGGGCCACGAGAGACGACAGACCCUGUCGCUGAUCGAGAGCCUCGCCUACCAAGUGCUCUGCCAAGAGCAGCAACAACGGCUGACGAGCCAUCAGCAGACGCCGCCCGGCCCGCCGGCCGCCUACGUUUACGCGAACGGUUACUAUUACACUCCCGUGAUACCCACCGCGUGCUACGCGUGCACCUGCAACUCUUGGAUGGCGUGCUCGUCGUGAUGCGACACUGACCACGACGCCGCUAACGCCGCCAUCACCGCCACCGCUACUACAACCACCACCGACACGGUCACCGACCUCGGUGCCGCCACCACCAACAACAACAACAACAACAACAACACCACCACCACCACAACCACCGCCACGAUCGUUAUCAGCAGCCGCGGGACUAACGACGAUGACAACGACAACGACAACAACGACGACGACGACGACGACGACGACGAGGAGAAGGAAGACGAAGAGAAUCGGGAGAAGCGCGAGGAACGCGGUAACGUUGAUCACGUUGCGUUCGAUCGCGACCGAUCCCGACGUCACCUUGGCCACCCCUGCGUUCGCGGGGACGAAGCAAGGACGCCGUCGAUCUUCCACGAGCGAAGGCCGGCCGAACAACGCCUGCUCCUCAGUUGACGUUUGGUCUUGUCGAACGCGGGUCAGUCCGAAGUGUGACGUAGACGAGGAGGAGCUCGUCGGAACGGCGGAAGAACGAAGAGGAAAGAGAUCGUGGAUGGCGGGACGACGCGGGGAAGCGACGGGGAUGAGAACAGCGACGAAGAGAGAGAGAGGGGGUGAACGGACCGGGGAACGAGAGGAAAAGCCACGAUUCUGGCGCCCGUUGAUCGGCGUAUGGUGACCGGUUUUCAGAAAGACUGACAGCCGAGGGAGAUGAAAAAACGAUCCCCCAUCGCGGACGUGUUCUCCCUCGGCCAACGCGUACCAGUUGCGGUGAAUCUAACUCAGUUGUCGAAGGGAUGGGCGGGGGGGAGAGAGGUGGGCAGGAUCUAUCCACGAUAUAUAUACAUAUAUAAUAUACGGUACUUGCUCUGCUAAGAGGGUCGCAGGGGAUCAACCGAGAGACUACAAGACUCCGUGCGAAACCGAGAUACAAAGUAAGAAAUAUGUGUUGUGCCUACCAUUUCGAAGAGGAGCAUCUCUAGACGCGCGCGUUCUUUAGACGGGAACGUGGAGCGCGGGGUGGAGGGGUCGGGGAUCAAAGCGACGUCUCGGUGAUCGCGUCGAAAGGGGCGCGGGUGUGUCUGUCGCGGGCCCGCGCGGGCCCGGACGAUUGUUGUUGUGUGAUAGCCACGAUUAGAAUAUUCGCGUACGAACGAGGCCCCCCGUGCACACGGCAGCGCGCGUGUCGCCGCGUGCUCGAGGAACGAUUCCGAGCGGGCGCGGGCGUGUGGAGGAGAAUAAGGGCGAAUGGACGUGCGGAAGGAGCUAAGCGAGCUUAUGUUUGCGAAGAGAGCCGGGGUGGACGGAGGGGAGGAGAGCACACGGAGCGCGGGGAAGAGGAGAGAACGAAAAAAUUCAGGCGACGUAGCUCGCCGAUCACACGACUGAAACCGCAACAAAUUUUCUCUCUGUUGGAGCGCAUCUAUAUCUAUAUGUGUAUCACCGAGCCUAUACGUACACGUAUACACGUAUACAUAUGCGCGUGCAUCGCGCGCGCGUGUGUGGCGCGGUGCGUCCGAGGCGCGUUCCGGUCGCCCCUCUUUCUUUUUCAAUAAUCGAA